AUGGCGCCGCCGGUCCAACAAGGCGCCUACCUCCAACCGGGCGGACCCGUUCCGCCUCAGUUCCGUCGGCAGCCCCGCCCCGCCUAUGUCGCUCACUCUGGCUAUCCUGCGCAUCCCGGCUAUCCCGCACCGGGGCACUAUCCGCCGCCUCCGACCGGCUACGCUCGACACUCGAGCGUUCAGCCACAUCCCUAUGCUGCCGCACAGUCGCUGCCUUACGCCGCCUCCGCCACGCCGGGUCCCAUUGACCAUCCGCACUACAAGGAGCUCGCCUACUACCAUCAUCCGCACGGGACAUACGUCGCUUCGGCCCACCACGCACCGCCUCCGCCGCCGGGGCCGCCGCGGUAUCUCCGCGAGCCCUCGCGCGGCCCUGCCUACUACGAGCCAACCCCUGCGCCCACUUCAUCCUACUAUGAGGAACAGUAUGGCGUCGCACAGCCGUCUGUUCCGCUGCCACCGCCACCGCCACCACCACGACAUGCGCCGAGUCCCUUUGUCCAGCGGGCAGCCCCCUACAACCGUGCUCUGACGGUGCAGCCAACCGCUCACCGCACCGGCCCGUCCAGGCGCGCCCUCGACUUCCUGCUCAAGGGUUCUGGCAGCGCUGCUGAUGGAACUGGCCGGACACCAGCCCCACCGAAAAAGGAGGAGCCGGAGGCAGCCGCAGCUCAGAUGGGUGCUGCAGAUGAUCUGGCUCGGUCGAUGCCACGCCAAAUGUCGCUCGGCGUGCCAAACCUCGAGCACCACGGCGCCGCACAGCCGGGCGCCACAGCGAGCCUCCGGCACGUCCCGCCCAAGGACGAAGGCGAGGAGACCAGAUCAUCCAUGCUGCCACCCUCACUGCCGACUACGACGCACGAGGCCCUUGAGUAUCCCGCAUUCUCGCCUCACGAGGACGAGAAGAUGCCGAUCGGCGAACCCGCUAGCGAAAGUCCGCCCGCUGUCGUCGCUGAUCCCCCGGUGGCGCCGCCUGCUGCACGCGCCGGCGCCGCAGUGGCCGCCAAGGAGCCAAUCAAGCUCUAUGACUGGUCCAUCCGCCUGAUUGUGGUGCCCAACCUGCCCCCGACCCUCGUUGACGAUGUGGUCCGGGACACUGGGCUCGAUCGCCAGCGGAUCUCGUCGCUGCAUCGCUGGAUCGCUGUCAGCGGCACGCGACGCUUUUCCAAGGAGGCUGCGGCGAGGGGCAACGGCAAGGUCGACGAUCGGCCGGACGCUGUCUGGCGCACCAACAUCAUCACAGCGCUGGCCGAGCCUGCUCGAGGCGAUGACGGCGCGUGGCGCGUGGCCACCUUUAGCGGCACCGUGUACGAACUGGUCGGGCGGCAGAGCAGCCACAACCUCAAAGACUACCUUGUUAGCGUCAGGCAGCGGGCGCUCAGGAGUCGCGGCGCUGAGGCUGGCGUCAUCGAGGCAAGCUCGGGGGACGAGUCCGUGCUCGAGCGCUGGCUAGAGGCCAAUGCCCGCUCCUUCGAGCAAGGCUGGCGCGCCAGAAUCGCCCGUGCUUGCGUCGCUUUCGAGGACGACCUGGAACGGAGGUUGCCGCAGGGCAGACAGCCCGAGCCCGCGAAGCGGAAGCGUGCUCGUGUCAACUUUGCGCCGGACGCCGGGCCCAGCGGCGACGGAGCCCCGGUCGCAGGGGCCGUCAUCGAGCCGGCGGCCGAUGUUCUCCAUAGCGAGGCAGCCGCAGUGCCUGGCAAGCCGGCAAAGCGGAUGCGUACGGCGGGUCCGGCGUCAAAGUCCGGCGAUGCAGCCGCCGAGGACGACCACAGCGAGACCUUGCCUACGCCCCCUCCUUCCGACACCUUUGGCGGCGACAUCAGCCACAUCGUGGACGAAGCACCCAGCCCUAGCCCGGAGCCGUUCGACAGAAGCGCUACCGGCAGUCUCCCUCGGCGCAGGAGCAAGCCGAAGGACAACAAGAAGGAGUCUUUUGCCUCCAGCGACGACGAUAUCGACGCCAGCUUCUCUCGCGCCCGUCCUCGCGGCUCCUCGGGACUCGAGGUUGUGGUCGAGAUCCCGCAGAGGGGCUCUUCAGGCCCUCCGCGGACGGCAAGGGUACGAUCAAGCGACGCCGGCCGCGGCCCUGCCGGAGAACCAGCCUCGCGAGCCGGUGCCCCUUCAACGAGGUCCCCGCGAAGGAGGCCCUCUGCGACGCCCAGGCAGGCUACGACAGCCCGCACAGAAACGCCCUCCGCCGAAGCAGCUGGCACGACGACCAGCUCGACACCUGUCCGGGUCAAGACCGAGGCAGAAAUGCAAGCGUUGGCGCCUGUCAGGAAAAUCCCACGUGAGCUCAUGCUUCUAAUGAGCGGGCCCUUUGGCGCCAAUCCGGCCGCCCGGAGAGGCUUCUUGGAGGGCUGCUCGGUCGACAACCCCAUCGUCAUUGACCGCGAUGAGACGGAAGCGGCCGCGGUCGAACCUUCGUCGGCCGCAGAGGCGAGCGCAGACGGCAACGACGAGCAGCCGAGCUCUCCCUCCGCACGGCCUAGCAGCGAAGGUCCGGCGGCAACUUCCUCUGCGGCACAGCACAGGUCGCGUUCCACCCGAUCUGGAAACCGGACUGGCGGCAAAGGCGUGGCCAAGUUUUGGAUGUACAACCCCAUCACGUCCCCGCAGGUCACCUAUCAGCGCGAGGCGCAAAACGUCCAGCGUCGCCGCGCCAAGAUCCUGCAGACUGCUUCAAAGCGAUCCAGGCUCGGCCUGUCCGCCACCACCGACGGAAAGGGCGCCACCGAAGCAGGCAGCGACGGUCCGACGCUCGAAGCUGAUGCGGAUCAGGAAGCCAGCGACGAGCUACCCGCCCGGACUGCUGCAGAGGACACGGCGUCAUCAAACGUGGACGCCGAUCAGGUGCCAGCUCCAGCGCCUGGAAAGGAGAACCUGGUUCGAUCCGGCAGACGAGCGGCCAAAGGACCCCGGUCCUACUCGGUGCGGAAGCUGGUGCAAGAGCAGCUGCAGAAGCUGCCACGGCCCUUUACCGCCACAGCCAAGCGGAAGGCCAAAAUCCCGAUUGCCCUGGCGCCAGCCGCCAAGAGCCGGGCGAGCAAGGCAGCACCCGCGACCGAGACGACGGGCAAGGUGAUGCCGGCGGCAAGAAAGAGGCCAGCCGUCAAGGCGGCCAAGGCUGGAGCUUCAGCAUCCAGGGUGCCCCGCAAGCGGUCGACGAAGGCCGCCGCCGUCCACGCGGAUGAGGCCGACAACGAGGCAGAGCACCGUGAGGGAGCCGACGGCAGCGACGACGACAACGACGACGACGACGACGAGGCCGAGUGGGAAGACACUUUGGCCGAACACGACAUCAACGUGCCUGGCCGAGCGUCGUCGAAGUCCCGCGGCGAAGCCGAGCGCGCAUACGCUGCCGUCGAGGAGGAGGAGGACGACGACGACAUGGGCCUGGGCCUUUUCCAGCGCUUCCAGACCAUCACGGGCGACAACCGCGAAGACCCGGCGGCAUCGCUCGGAUUCGGUAUCGCGGGCGACCCCUAUUACUUUUCCGACUGA